AUGGCGGGCCAAUUAUCUAGUGCCUCAUUGUUGGGAGAGCUCCAUCGGCACUCUGCAACGCGCCAUGAGAAUAAUGCUGGCAAAACCUUGGAACAACAUGGCCUAUCCUGCCCUGUGGAGGUUGACACUGUUGACAUUGGAUUGGAAAAGCCGCAUCCUAUUCUAAGGAUAUCCAAUGUGCUCAAAGUGUUGGCCUCGCAUGAUAAGCUAUCUUUGUUGUGGGGCAGCGACGAUCCUAACCCAACUGCUGCGCUAGCAAAGUUUUGGCGAAGGUUCCGUACUCAUCAGGGAUCGCACGAGGUGUUUGUCCAGCACGCGCAGCAGCUCCAUCGCACCAUACCCAUUCUUUUACACGCUGACGAGGGGCAAACUUUAAAGUCCGCUGGGAUUAUGGUAAUAUCCUGGGAGUCGCCUCUUGGACUUGGAGUUUCAACACAGGAUGCUCCUACAGAUAUGGGGCUGAAUUAUAUGGGGAGUUCGUUCAAAACGCGGUUCUUGAUCUCGGUACUUCUGAAAAGGAUCUAUCUCAAAAAGGUGAAGGCUUCGUUGGAUAAUCUGGUCUCAGAGGUAGCUGCUGAACUGAAGGCUUUGUUCUUCGAUGGCAUUGAGCUGGCACACAAAGGUCAGAACAUGCAUUUCUUUGUGGCAUUCAUCGGUUUAAAAGGAGACUGGCCUAUUCAUCAGAAACUGGGUCACCUACGAAGACAUUUCUCCCGAAUGACGAAGAAGGAUGAUGAUGCUAAUGCUGCAGGUAUUUGCCACCUAUGCGAAGCGGGUAAGGCUGGAAUCCCUUUUCAUGAAGUUGGCCCCCGUGCUACCUGGACAAGAACAUAUCUCAUUUCUUCUCCUUUCCUACGUCCUGGACCUUUGGCAAUUGUCCCUGGAGCAACUUCGCGAGAGCUCAUGUUCAGGUUUGACCCCUUCCAUACCCUCCACAAAGGAUGCUUUGCAGAGUUGGCUGGAAGUGCUCUGGUUAUGAUUUCAGACUAUGGAUUGGUGGGGAGCUCCGGUUUCGAUGCUCAACUCGCUUCCCUGUACGAGUUGUUGAAAGAGUUCUGCACAAGAACCAAGACGCCCUUGCACAUGGAUGGCUUAACCCGCAAUCUUCUCAAUUUCAAGAGGGAUUCCGACUAUCCCGUGGGGUCUUGGUUCAAAGGGGCAGAUACAGCAGCGGUUCUUGGUUUUCUCGAAGAAUUCCUUGGAAAUUACGUGGCUUCGUUAUCUGUUCCCGACCCAUACCUGGAGAGUGCGCGAGAUGCGUGCAGGGCUGCGAACACGUUUCUGCGAACCCGUUUCUGCGAACCCUUUACAGACAUGGAGUUUGGCUUCCCUGUGACGCUUGCGCUGUGGCCGCAAAUGCCGGCUGGACGUUCCUUCGCAGUUAUAUGGAAU